AAUAUUUGAAAAUGGUUUCCGGGGUUGUUUGUUGGCUAUAUAUCUUUUUCUUUUUUGAUGUCGUAAUACAACUUCAUAGCGUAAAGCAAUGGACUGACAAGCAAUUGUUUCCACCGAGCAAAAUUCCAGAAAAUGCUUUGAGUCCUCGACGAUCAGUAGUGAGGCGCAAAAUAGUUUUAUAUCACAAUUUUUUCCGAACUAAAGUCCGUCCAACCGCUUCUAACAUGCUUUUAAUGUCUUGGCACCCGCUCGCCGCCGAACAAGCUCAACAGUACGCGGAAAAGUGUAUUUUCUUAAAGCACAAUGAUGCCAGGGAAAACACAGUACCACAUUUAGGGAGCUGUGGUCAAAACCUAUUUGUGUCAUCACAGAAGACACCUUGGUUCUUUGCCAUAAAGAGCUGGUUUUUGGAGUACAAGAAUUUCACCUAUGGAUCGCCUGUUUUAAAUCUAAAAGCAGUAGGUCACUACACUCAGAUGGUGUGGGCCACAAGUCACAAGCUCGGCUGCGGUGUGGCCCGCUGUUCUGGAGGACCAUGGGGUCAAUUUUAUAACUAUGUCUGCCAUUAUUGUCCUGGAGGUAACUACGACACCAUCACUCAUUACCCCUACAAGGCAGGUCCACCGUGUGAUGAUUGUCCGGGUCAAUGUAUUUCAGACACGUUGUGUACCAACUCCUGUCCAGUUAAGGAUUACUUUUCGAACUGCGAAUCUUUGUCCAAGAUCGCCGGUUAUUGCAAGCAAGGUACAUGCAAUGCGACAUGCACAUGUGGCACUGAAAGAAUACACAAAAAUUAUCCUUGGUAGUUUUAGACAUAUACUUUGUAAUUGUAGAAAGUAUGUUAUUGUUAAAAAAAUAUAUAAUCAGUGGCUAUGUUAAUUUGUAAAUAAAAAAAUAACUAAAAA